AACUAUGGCGCCUGGCGCCUCGAUGACACGUCCAUGAAGCAACAGCAACAGCCACAGCCGCCGCCGCACUUUGCCACAAACAGCAGCUAUGAGCAACAGCCACAUGUGCAACAUCAGCGCAAGGCUCAGCCCUUUAACUUUUAUGCACGCGACUACUACUUCCAGCAACAUCAGCAGCAGCAGCAGCAGCAGCAGCAACAUCAUCAGCUGCAGCAGUCACCACAAACAACUCUAAGCAAUGGCAGCAUGAGGCAGCAACAUCAACAGCAACAUGUAGAGGAACAGCCGCAGACGAUCAUCAUCGAGGAGAGCGACGACAAUGAGGUGGACGAGGAGCAGCGUAGUAUUGCCAACUGCAUGCGGCAGAAUUUCAAUCAGUAUAUGGCCCAGAUGAAGCAGUUUGCACCCGAACCUCCUAAUCCUCAUGAGGCCAUUGAGGCAUUGUGCAAUAGCAGCAGCAGAAACAGCAAUAGCAACAACGCAACAAAUGCCAAUCAAACGGAAGCUACUACAACUACUACUAAUAGUAACGAUAAUUCUAAUAAUAAUAAUAAUAAUAAUCAGAGUUAUGCUAACAAUACUAGGAACAACAACAACAACAACAACAACAGCAAAAGGCAGCCGGCACCGUGAAUGCAGAAAAACACAGCAGCAACAUAGCAACAUAAACACAGCAACAUAGCAACAUAAACACAGCAACACAGCAACCAAUUGAUACUCAAAAUACAUAAGAAAAAUCAAAAAGAAUUCUAACUGAAUGAAUUGUUGACCAUGCAAAAUAAAAUGUUGAAUGGUAAGCCAAAAUUAUUUGUCAAUUAUGUAAGAGGAAGGAGGAAUAUGGAAAAGGAAAGGAAAAAGGAAUCUAAAGCUGAUCUGUGCAGAAGGCGACGACACAUUAUCAUGGUUUCAACUAGACACGGAGACAACAAAAAAAAACCCACACACACAACACCCACAACAAAAGAAAGCCAACCCUAAAUGUCGCAAAUACUCUUCGAGUAUCGUAAGAGUAUCGAGUAAUUUAUGCAUAAAACCAAUUGUAAUUGUAACGUCUUGUUCGUGGUGGCAAGCAAAAGGGUUUCCAAAGGUAAAGCCAAGGCGGUAGGGAGGGGUUGAGAACAAAAAAACAAAAAACAAACAAAAACAUUUUUAUUCGAUGCACUCAAAUAUUAAACUCUAAACUUAAACUUAAA